AUGGACGUUUCUAGUAUCCUAGAAGCUCAAAAAGCAAAGGAGAGAUCCGUGCUGGUGGAAAAAGAAACGCCUCUUGUGGUCGAUGCCGGCCACUUGAUGGUGACUGACCUGAAUGUAAUCGACGAGGAGAGCUACAAUGAAAAUCUUGAAGAGCACCUACAAUCACUAGCUAGAGAUGGCGUACAAGCACUCAUUGGCACACUCUUCUCUCUCCCAACAACCUCGUCUGAAGAAGGGCCAUUGGCCCAACUACCUCCUCAGGAAUACCAACUUCCUCGAGCAAAACCUCUACCAAAACCCAAGCCGAUGACCAAAUGGGAGCGCUUCGCUGCCGCCAAGGGUAUUCAACACAAGAAACGAGACCGCAAGGUUUGGGACGAGGAGAAGCAAGAGUGGGUCAACCGGUGGGGAAGGGACGGCAAAAACAAGGAGGCAGAAGAGCAAUGGGCUACCCCUGUCCCUCACAAUGCUGAUGCCGAUUAUAACCCACAACUGGAGGCUCGCAAGGAGCGCAAGGCCCGGGUGGCCAAGAACGAGAAACAACGACUACAAAACAUUGCACGUGCUUCCGGUUCCUCUGCUCAAGCUUCAAGAAAAGAAGAACUUGACCGGACGCUUGCAACGACGAGAACGAGUACGGCGAGCAUGGGCAGGUUCGACAAGAAGUUGGAGGGGGAAAAGAAAAUACGUGGGAUCAAGCGGAAGUUUGAGCCUAAUGAAGGUUCAGUCGAAAAAGAGGCCAAGGCCAACCUUAGCCUCCUUGCUAAAAUGGACAGUGACUCCAGAAAAAUGCGGAGAACAGAGAAGGAGUCGGAAUCCGUCCUCAACGUGCGGAAAGCUGUUCGACACGCGAGCAAGGGAAAGGGCAGCCUCGCGCUGGCAAAGGGAGACAAGAAGGGUGGCAAGGCAGGAAAGGGUCGGAGGUAA